GCUUCGCUGCCAUGGGCACACCUGCUGGGGGCGCGGCUGAGGCCGGGCUCGCACCCGGGCUGGGGUCGGCCCCUGGAACGGGGUCUGCGAUGCCCGGCACGCCCAGCCUCGGGCCGCGGGCCGCCCCCUCCGCGUUCACGGGGCUGCUACUUGCAACCACCUUGGACUCCUUUGGGUUCGGAGGUCCCCUCGGCGAGGCACUGGUGGCCGCCGUCGGCGGCGACGAGACCACCGCAGUCGCAGACUACGCGUCGAUGCCCGAGGGCGGCCUAGUCCAGGCCCUCGAGACGCUCGCGGUGGAAGGCGCCCCCGUGACGGGCGUUGGCCGGGGGCGACCCGUGCGCGCCAUCCGCGCGGUGUUCGACGUUGCGAAGCUGCCGAUGCCGAGUCUGGGCGCCGCGCUGCCGGUGGCCCCGCCUUCCCGGCCGGCCGCUCCUCCGACGGAGCCGUCGACGCCGGCCGUGGGGGACAAGAGGCGCGUGGCGGACUUCCUCGACCAGGGCGGCGAGGGGUCUUUCAGCAUCCUCAGCAAGGAGGCGAUCACGGAGGCGCGCCAGCGGUACAUCCAGGUCACAGGUGGGCCGCCGCCUACGGCCGCACGGCCAACGGAGGAACAGUUGUCGGGCAUCUCGGCGAAGAUCGGCAAGUCCGCGCCGUACGUCGACUUCGCCGCGUUCGGGCCGCAUGGCCGCCGGGCGGCUAAAGCCCGCAAGUUCGCGGCCCAAGCGUUCGUCGACGGCGAGCUGGUGACGCGGAUGCUGACGGGCCCCUCGAACUUCGAGGCCUGGCGGGCGCGCUGGCUCCUCUUCAGGUCGCGCGUCAUCGCCCUGGGCGCGGCGCCCCCUUCGGCGCUCGACGAGUAUGAGGAGGGCAUCCGCCAGCUUUCACUCCUCUACCCCGACUACUGGGGCGUCAUCCUGAGGGCCGACGACACGGUGCGGUCUGAGUUGUGGGACGCCCACAUGGAGGAGCACCUGGCGAUGGGGGGGCCCGCGGACCAGGCGUGGGCGCGCGUCAUCAGCAGGACCGCGUUUGGAGGCGAAGACACGAAGAUGGCCCACUGGUGGUGGAUGCACGUCACCGCCCCGUGCCUGCCGCGCGGCCACGCGGAGGGGCGCCAGUCGGCAGGCGCUCUGGUCGACCGGUUGGAGGGCGCGCCGUCGGCCGCGUGGCCCGACGCUUCGGCGGCCCCGCCCCGCCCGCAGCAGCGCGGAGGCGGGCGCGGGCGCGGCGGACAGCGACAGGGCGGCGCCCAGCAGCCGCCGCAGCAGCCGCAGCCGAGGCCAGCUGGGCCCACGAAGCCCGCCGGGGGAGGCCGCGGCGGCCAGGGCUUCGCUCCAGACAAGGCCUCGGAGAUCUGCAACCUGUGGAACGACAAGGCCGAGGCGCCCCUCGCUGGUGCGCCGCGAUCGCCCUCGCCCGCGUCGGACUGGCCGGCGGCCGACCCCCCUGGGGAGGCAGCAAUGGAGCUGCUCGCCCGGACAGCGGACGGUCGGGUGCGCCGCCACGUCCUGCGCGGUGCCACCGCUGCGUCAGACGCGCGCGGAGAAUUCCGCAUGCCGCGCGGGGUUGAGGAAACCGGGACCCUUUGGCGGGCGUGGCCAGCCCUGCGGUCUGCGAUGGCCCCCACUGCGAAGAUCCUCGCGGACCAUCGUGGCCAGAGCCCCGAGUUGCGCGGGCUCGCAGACGCGUGCGGCGCAGCGCCCGCGCGCCCCCAGCCGAGCGUGGACAGCCUGCAUCGCGCCCGCCAGGCGGUCGCAGAGCACCUGCACCUGAGCCUCGGCACGGACGCGGCAGAGAGGCACCGUGCAGCGUCGACCUGGCGCGCGGAGCUGGUGCGCGCCGCGCAGGCGUCGCUGACCGUGGAGGAGCUGCUCGGCCGAGCGGAGCUCGCGAACCACCCGUCCUUCCUUGACCUCCACGGCCAGGACAGUCCGCCGGGAGUCGAGCAGGUCCAGGUGCUCGUGGAUAAGGUCUUCGGGGUUCUCUUCGAGAACAGGGCCGCGGCCGAGGCCCAGUCCGGGGCGCCGGUGUCCCCAACGCCACUCGGCAACAUCGCGACCACGAAGCCAGACGGCAGGGCGAAGCACCGCGUCAUCCAGGACUUGAAGGCGAACUCUGUCAACGAGGCGGUGGCCCUCACCGAGCGCCAGGAGAACCUCGACCUGCUGAGGACCGUCCGCCGCUUCGCCCCGCCCGGCACCACCCCCAGCGCAGCGAAGAGCGCGUUCGAGAAGAUCGGUCGAGAGAACGAGUCGAAGCAGGGCUGGACGCAGCGCCCGAAGCGGGCGAAGCCCUUCGCCACCGAGGUCGCAGAGGGCGAGGAGGCGGCGCUGCAGGACAUCGGCCUGGCCAUCGAGCACCAGACAGAGAACAACGCAUUCGGCUACAGCCCCGAGACAAAGCUCGUCAUCGUUCCUGCGAUGGCCAACGAGGACAACCAGCCCGUGGCCACCUGGGCGGACGGCGAGAAGUGGGCGAUCCCUGACCGCAUCCGCGGCCACGACCAGCGCAUCCAGAAGAAGGGCGACGCCAUCCUCUUCGAGCGCGCAGCGAGCGACACGGAGAGGAAGCAGGUCGCGCAGCUCAAGCCACCGCUCAAGGCCUUGAGCAGCGCGGCGGAGUCCACGAAGAUCAUGGCGCGCAAAUGCGCCAACAAAGAGAUCGACAAGGCGCAGCUCGAGGUGGCCAAGAAGGAGUGGCUGGACGAGCUCAAGAAGGACGACCAGUCCGCCAUGAAGCGGCCUGCCGCUGCCGCCGCGUCCUCCGUCAAACCGGCGCCCCCGCAGGCCGGCAGCGAUUUGGGGGAGGUCGACGGGGCCGAGGCGGACGAGGCCAAGGGCGGCGACGCGGCGGGCUCGCAGCAGCCGUCGCCCAAGCGUCGCAGGAAGACUAAGUGCGCGCCUGCGACCGCCCCACAGCGCGCUGCGGCGAAGGAGGUGACCACGGGCGAGAAGGAGCCGAUCGUGAAGCAGGGCGUCGGGGGUGGCAGCGACGGGGGAGUGACAUCCGCGGCGUCGACGGCAGCCAGCGCCCCCGCGGCAUUGCCAUCAGCCAGCGCUCCUGCGGUGACCUUGCCCGCGGCGGCCCAGAGCGAGCCGCCGCCCACGGGGUGCAUCUUCGACCGCGGCCACGGCGACCAGCCGACCCACGGCAACCCGAUGAACUUCAAGCAGUACAUCGCCGCGGCCGUGGCGAGCGCCGCGCACGCGCAGCACCAGCGCGUGCCCCCGCAGAUGCGCGGCCCGCCGUGCACGUCCAUCUUCGACCUCAUCUUGAAAAUUUACGGCAUCGGCGGAGUGAGCACCGCCCUCCCACGGGACCCCUGGUUCACUCCGCUCGGCGCUGCACUCCUCCGCGGGGGCGCGGUGGCGACGCAGAUCGAGCAGAGUCUGCGCGCCGAGGCCGAGGAUUCGCUGGCGGAGCCGCAGACGAUCCCGAGCACCCCGAAUCGUGGCGGUGAUGAGCGCGAUAUUCCAGCUGAGCACGAGAGCGCUGCAGAGAGCGUCGACACCUGCGGCUUUCCCCGCGAUGAGGACCACUUCGUCGAGAGGUUCCCAGGGUUCGACGAGAGCCCCGCCCCCGCCUCGUCCCAGGCGAUCCUCGAUGACGCUGCCCCCAGUGGGGAGGAUGGCGCCGACGGUGGCACGGGCGUCGCUGAUAGCGUGGCCGCUGCGGGGCGCAGCGUCAGCGACGCCGAGGAGAGCAAGUCCCUCCACGACGCCCAGGAGUUGCGGGCACAUGGGCAUCCGCUCGCCACGUGGCAGGGCUGGAGCGGCGACCCCGAGGGCUUCGACGACGAGGUGAGCAGGGCGAUCAGGGAGAGCAGGGACCAGCUCGAUAUGGAGAACAAGGACGUGGACUCGCGGCGAGCCGCCGCCGAGCGGGCCGCAGCGACUGCGGUGCCGACCGCGGCGGCUGCGCAGCGGGCGGGGCCGGACGGCGACGCGGGGCGCGGCGCAGCCGCGGCCGAGGUCGGGCCCGCCGACGAGCCGAUACGGAAGAGGAGUCGCUGGGCCCGCGCGGCUGGUUCGGCGGCGGCGCGCGGACUGGCGGGCCCCGCCUUCGUCGACCAGCCCGCGACCUCCGCGCUCGCGCCCGCGGACUCCGCCGCUGGGCCCGCCGCGGAGCGCGCCUCGGAGGAAUCGCCCCGCGCCGUGCUUGAGACGCCGCAGAAGCACAGGCACCACGCCGCCGCGAUCAAGGAUAUCCAGUCCGAGCUGCUGGCGUCGGUCGAGAAGAUGGGCGGCGACCCGAAGGAGCUGGACGCGCAGAAGAUGAUCAAUGCCAUGGUGGCCGCCCCGUCCGUCCAGCACUUGCGCUCUCUCCAGAGGACGGCAGCCAUCGCGAAGACGGUCAUCAAGGACGGCAAGAGGGUGCCCUGUCAGCUGGCGGCUGACUACAGAAUGUGCUCGAGCGACGAUGAGAGGGAGGAGUUCCGCAAAAAGUGGGCACAAGGCGAGUGGUCCAAGUACGAGCACGUCGCCGUCAAGAAGACGAGUUACACCACGAAGUUGCUGAAGCGGGCGAAGUGGAUGCCGGUCGCCCGCGUGGCGUGGAAGGAGGGAGGAGGAGAGUCUUGGUGGUCGGCAGCGGUGAAGUACUUCAGCAAGUGCGUGAAGUUAGGAUUCCCUUGGAUCAAAUGGCACGACAUGACCGAGUGUUACCGCUGCCUGUGCGGGGAGGAGUGGAUCGAGGACGAGUUCGCAGAGGCCUGGGAGACCCACGAGAGUUGGUUUCAGGAGACAGUCGUGACGGACGCAGCGAGGCAGAACCAGAUCCAGGCGGUGGCCGAGUCGGCGGCGAAUUUGCUCAACCAGGGCAUGUUCUGGAUUUCCAGCGCGAAGAGGUCGGCCGACGACGCGACCGUCGCCGAGGCGGCUCGGCCAACCGAGGUUCCGACUCUGCAGGCGGCGCCCACCGAGGAUGUCAUCCGCGAGCGGGAGCGCCUGCUUGAGGAGAAGAAGCUGGCGCAGCAGGAGGAGCGCAAGGCGGCGGCGGAGAAGGCCGAGGCGGGGCGCAACGCAAAGCAGGGGGGCAAGGCAAAGGCGGCGCGCAAGGCAGAGGUGGCGCGCAAGGCAGAGGCGGCGUGCCAGGCAGAGGCGGCGUGCCAGGCAGCUGCGCCGAAGGCUGAGGAGGAGCGCAAGGCCACUGAGGCUGCGGCAGCUGCGGCGGAGGCGCCCAAGACAGCUGAGGAAGCAGGAGGAGGCGGUCGCCAGUCCAAGCGCCGCGCGGCAAGCAGUGGAGCUGGAGGCAGCCACGGCGGCGACGCCGACGACUCCAACAAGGCCAUGAUGAAGGACGCGAGGACGCACUUCAUGAUGUGCAGCACGGCGGUCUCCACGGGCAGCGCGAUCGUCAGCGCUGCCGCAGCCGACGAGAGUUGGGAGUUCGCGCUGGACCUCAAAGAGUUCGCCGAGCUGAAGCAGGCGCCUGGGUGGCAAGCGACGGAGAACGGCCGCUUGCAGCAGAUCAUGCACACAGAGCUCCCGAAGCUCAAGCGGUCGAUGCAGCCCCGCGAAUUCCAGGCAGGGAUCGCCGACCUGUCGAAGUUGGUGCCGAUGCUGAAGGCAGGGAAGACCUAUGCGAUCGAACGUGGCGAUGAGCUGAAGCAGCAGGGUGCCCCAGUCAGUCUCGCGUUGGCCAGCAGCGCAGUUGCGCUACAGAUCCUUACCAGAGAGGUGGAACGCAUGUCUCCCGCGGUCGUCAGAGAUCUCGCGACGUUCGAAAUGUUCAGUGGCAAGGGCGGGUUGUCGUACCAAGUGCACUCGCGGGGAUACAAGGUCUGGUCCACGGGGCCAGGAUUGAGCGCUACCGCGCGGUCUAAGAAGGCCUCGGAUAAGCGCCUCGGGACCAAUAAAAUUCAACUCGCAGUCGACCAGCCUCGUCGCUCGGCGAAGGCGAACCCCGCUGGCAAUCGCUCUGGCUGGAAAGCAGGUCCCCGUCUUGCCUGGGCAUCCGGGAAUUCGUCGGCUUGCUCCGGCAUCCGACGGCGGCCCGUGCGCGUUGGUUUGCUCCGGCAUCCAGCGCCGUCGGCUUGCUCCGGCAUCCGACGCGGCCGGCUUGCUCCGGCAUCCGGCUGGCGGGCCCUGCGGCGCAGCCCCGGCUUGCUCCGGCAUCCCGGCCACGCGCUUGGCGCGGCUUGCUCCGGCAUCCGCGCGGCCGGCUUCCGCUCGCAUCCGGCUUCGUCGGCUUGCUCCGGCAUCCGACGGCGGCCCGUGCGCGUUGGCUUGCUCCGGCAUCCAGCGCCGUCGGCUUGCUCCGGCAUCCGACGCGGCCGGCUUGCUCCGGCAUUUGGUUGGCGGGCCCUGCGGCGCAGCCCUGGCUUGCUCCGGCAUCCGGGCCGCCGCAUGCGUGAAGGCCAGGACUUGCUCCGGCAUCCCGGCCACGCGCUUGGCGCGGCUUGCUCCGGCAUCCUCGCGGCCGGCUUCCGCUCGCAUCCGGCUUCGUCGGCUUGCUCCGGCAUCCGACGGCGGCCCGUGCGCGUUGGUUUGCUCCGGCAUCCAGCGCCGUCGGCUUGCUCCGGCAUCCGACGCGGCCGGCUUGCUCCGGCAUCCGGCUGGCGGGCCCUGCGGCGCAGCCCCGGCUUGCUCCGGCAUCCGGGCCGCCGCGCGCGCGCAGGCCGCAGCCCCGGCUUGCUCUGGCAUCCGGGCCGCCGCAUGCGCGCAGGCCCGGGUUUGCUCGGCAUCCCGGCCUCGCGCAGGGUUGGCCCUGGCAUGCCCCAGCAUCCAGCGGCCGGCCUAGGUUCGCAGCUCUACGGUUCGCACGUCGCCCAGAAGACGUCGGUCGCGCAGCAGCCAGGGCGUGCGGCGCGGCGAAGCGACGCCCAGGGACGCGCUCUGCUGGCAGGCGUCGCCUUGCCGCCGUUGCGCGGGGACGCGCCGGGUAGGGCGGCCCGCGGGCGUGGCUCCAUGCCGGACCUCAGCACCCGUGCUCUGCGUCGCCAGGCUCUCGAGCGCCUGGAGGCGGACGUGUACUCGGCGUCGGCGGGCAAGGUCGUCGAGGCGCGCCUGAGAACCGUGGCGACGCUGUUUCGGGCCUGGGGCGAGGAGCCGCUGCCGCCCACCGCCGCAAAGAUGCGUCAUCUCUGCGCUGGCCUUAAGGCGGGCGGGUACCGUAGCGCGGAAACGUAUGUCUCUGCUUACCGCCUGCUCGCGGAACGCCCGGGCUACUCGCUGACCGACGACGUCGCGCGCACUGCCAAGGACGGCGCGCGCUCGCGUCAACGGGGCAUGGGCGCCCCCGUGAAAGCACGGGCACUGCCGUUCGCACAGUUGGGCUCGCUCCCUGGCGGGCCAGAGCCGUGGGCGGCGGGGGGCCCCAUAGGCCCCCGGAACGCGAUCGUCGCCGGCGCCUGGUGGAUGGUGCGGGAGGUCGAGCUGCCCACUACCAGGGCUCGCCUCGUCGAGCUCACGCGCGGCGGGGGCGCUGUUAGCAAGGCUACGAUGACGGCGACCAUCCUCCGCGCGGCAGCCUUCCUGGGCGCGCCGCCGGUCGCGCCCGACGGCUCCGAGCGCGUCGGAGCCACCUGCCAGAAGUGCUUCAAGGGUGCCGCUGGCGUGCCU